UGUGUCUCCGCCCCUCCUUAUAAGCCGGUGAAGGUGAAGGUGAGCGCUCCAGUGUGCGCUGCCCAGGUGACUGGAUACCGUGGUCGCUAUGGCUUCCUCCUCUUCCAUCUUCGCGUCCGUCCCUCAGGCUCCCCCGGUGCUCGUGUUUAAGCUUACAGCGGACUUUCGCGCUGACUGUGACCCUCGCAAGGUCAACCUGGGAGUGGGAGCUUAUCGGACCGAUGACUCCCAGCCCUGGGUCCUGCCAGUGGUCAAGAAGGUGGAACAGAAGAUAGCCAGCGACAACACAUUAAAUCACGAGUACCUGCCGAUCCUCGGGCUGCCAGAGUUCCGCGCCAGCUCCUCAAGGAUUGCCCUGGGUGAUGACAGUCCAGCCUUUAAGGAGGAUCGGGUAGGCGGUGUCCAGUCUCUGGGUGGUACCGGCGCACUACGCAUCGGAGCAGAGUUUUUAAGGCGCUGGUACAAUGGAAACAAUAAUACCGCAACCCCCAUCUACAUUUCAGCUCCUUCCUGGGAGAACCACAACGCCGUAUUUCUUGAUGCCGGCUUUAAAGAUAUCCGAAGUUACCGUUACUGGGAUGCUGCUAACCGAGGGCUUGACCUCAAGGGACUCCUGGAAGACUUAGAGAAUGCUCCGGAGCACUCCAUCUUUGUUCUGCACGCCUGCGCACACAAUCCCACUGGAACAGACCCCAAACAAGAUGAGUGGAAGCAGAUUGCUGAUGUCAUGAAGAGACGCUUCCUCUUCCCAUUCUUCGACUCGGCCUAUCAAGGAUUUGCCUCUGGAAACCUGGACAAGGACGCCUGGGCUGUGCGAUACUUUGUGGCUCAGGGCUUUGAGCUGUUCUGCGCUCAGUCUUUCUCUAAGAACUUUGGUUUAUACAAUGAAAGAGUUGGUAACUUGACCGUUGUAGGUAAAGACAGUGAUAAUGUUGCCCGUGUCCUCUCUCAAAUGGAAAAGAUUGUGCGUACAACCUGGUCAAAUCCUCCGUCACAAGGCGCUCGCAUUGUUGCCACCACUCUGACCACCCCUGAACUUUUUGAUGAAUGGAGAGACAAUGUGAAGACUAUGGCCGAUCGGGUUCUCUUAAUGCGAGCAGAACUAAAAUCCAGAUUGGAGGCUCUUAAUACACCUGGAACUUGGAAACAUAUUGUGGAGCAGAUAGGAAUGUUCAGCUUUACUGGCCUCAAUCCAAAGCAAGUUGAAUACCUCAUAAAAGAAAAGCAUAUUUAUCUGAUGGCAAGUGGACGGAUCAACAUGUGUGGGCUGACGACGAAGAACCUGGACUACGUGGCCCAGUCUAUCUAUGAAGCGGUCACCAAGAUCCAGUAAUCUGAGGCCCAGAACGGCAGUAACCAGUGUCAUUAGAAUUGUGUUUGUGUUUUAAUUUUUUUUGUCUUUUCAUGGCUUUAAAUUGAACAAAAUAAUGCAGGGAGAAAUAGGUUACAUACAUGCAACACAAUAUCCUGUCUGAUCCUACGGAAUGGUGAGAAAAAUGCAUUCAAACAAAAAAUCACUUGGGUAGAACUUCUCAUUGGCAUCUUUCUUCUAAAGGUUUGGCAGCUAACUGCAGCACUCGGUGAAGUGCAUGCUGGGAGAUGUAGUAAAACUCAGCAGGAAAUCAUAACUGCCACUAUGUGAAUUCUUAUCGGUAAAAUUGAGCUUUACUUCUCUCUGAUGUAGUGAGGCACAAGGAUCAUGCACAGAUCCCAUUAAUUGGGACCCAUGCAUGAUAGUGUCGGGACCUUGUUACAUCUCAGAGUAUGGCUCGGCGACCCCUUCAAGGUUUUCUGUUAUCCUAGGGCUUACCAUAUGACCACUACAACAAUGGGCUUAAAGUGUUUUUCCAUGACGUUAUUUAUAACCCACUUAGGGUUAAAAAGAACUUAUCCUGAUUGCUGCCAUUCCCUGCUGCCCUCAAUGUCUUGGUUUCAUAUGCUAGAAAUGCCAGGAAAGGACCAUAUAGCAAAUCGCUGACCGAGGUGGGUAACUACUAUGGUACAAUAUAUGAGGUUCGGACCGCGCUUCUGGUCCAGGUCAGUGUGCAAGUUCUUAAUCCUUCUUACUGCCUCGUUUACAGAGAGAGCCGAGGGCUGCAAAUAUCCCUCAAAUAGAUAUCCUGCAACCAAUGGCUUAGCUGGUGCCCACAGCAGUGUUUGAAUGGCAGCAGUGGUGGAGUAUAGCUUUUUUUCCCCUUCUUGAAGACCUCUUAUGGUUAUUCAGACUGGCGCGCAGCAGCAUGUCCAUUUUUUUUACUACAUUUUGUUGUCUUGUGACUGUGCUGCGGUACUGGGAAAGUGCAGGUCUUGACUAUAAUCAAUCAGACCAGUUAAAAAUAUAUAUUUAUUUUAUGAACAGUUGGGCUGUUGUAUAUGGCUUCUCUCACAUGCAGUAAGGAUACAAUAAGCUAUGAUAACCAUACCAAAAGCCAGUCCAAAGAACUGUGACCUCACAUCCGCCCUCCUUACACACUGGUGCAAUAUGUGAUUAUGUUGUAGUGAGCAAAUACCUAUCGUAUCUUCCCACAAACAAACCUCCUUAUCCUCGAUCCUCUUGUAGACGAAUUACGUGACUUUGUGCAUUGCUUGUCCACAGCCUUACACGCCCUGGAAUAUUGUACAACACCAAAAAUCUGCUUAAAAUUGAAACUGAAAAUUGCAAAAUGGUGUCAUAACUGAUGCAAUAAAUCCCAUUCUGUGGUG